AUGGGCGAGUGGGCGUUCCUGGGCUCGCUGCUGGACGCCGUGCAGCUGCAGUCGCCGCUCGUGGGCCGCCUGUGGCUGGUGGUCAUGCUCAUCUUCCGCAUCCUGGUGCUGGCCACGGUGGGCGGCGCCGUGUUCGAGGACGAGCAGGAGGAGUUCGUGUGCAACACGCUGCAGCCGGGCUGCCGCCAGACCUGCUACGACCGCGCCUUCCCCGUCUCCCACUACCGCUUCUGGCUCUUCCACAUCCUGCUGCUCUCGGCGCCCCCCGUGCUCUUCGUCAUCUACUCGGUGCACCGGGCCGGCAAGGAGGCGGGCGGCGCCGACGCCGGGCCCGGGCCGCCCCCGCGCCGCCGCUGCUACCUGCUGAGCGUGGCGCUGCGCCUGCUGGCCGAGCUGGCCUUCCUGGCGGGCCAGGCGCUGCUCUACGGCUUCCGCGUGGCCCCGCACUUCGCGUGCGCCGGCCCGCCGUGCCCGCACACCGUGGACUGCUUCGUGAGCCGGCCCACCGAGAAGACCGUCUUCGUGCUCUUCUACUUCGCCGUGGGGCUGCUCUCGGCGCUGCUCAGCGUGGCCGAGCUGGGCCACCUGCUCUGGAAGGGCCGCCCGCGCGCCCGGCGCUGUCGCCAGGGGCCCGAGCGCCACGGCCGCCCCCACCGCGCGCGCGAGGAGGCGCGGCAGCUGCGCCCGCCGCCCCCGGUCCCGCCCUCCCGGCGCCCGCGCCCGGACCCCUGCGGCCCGCCCGCCUACGCGCACCCGGCCCCCGCCGGCGACAGCGAGGGCGGCAGCGGCCGCAGCAAGGCGUCCCUGGCCACCGUCCGCCAGGACCUGGCCAUCUAG